AUGGCAGAGAACCUGUGGUCAUGGGCUUCAGAGCACCUACAAUCUCUGAGAGCCCUCCACAUUCCAGGGCUCGAAAACAGGGGGGCCGACCUUAUGUCGAGGGGCGGUCCCCUGGACGACGAGUGGAGGCUGCAGAUCUGGUCACGAUUCGGGAGGGCAACGCUACUGGAGAGAGUGAGAGUGGAGCGGCUGAGGGUCAUUCUGGUGGCCCCCGACCGGCGGUCAGCCCCGUGGUACGCGGUGCUGACCCUGAUGGCGGUGACUCCACCAUGGCCCAUCCCCCAGUUCCAGGGGGGCGCUGUUGCAGGAGGCGGACGCAAUACAGGCGCUGCCGACCCUGGGCCAGCCGCUUCAGGCCUGGCUCCUGAGAGGGACAGGCUGAUGCGGGCUGGGCUGACUGCUCAGGUGGUGCAAACCAUUCAGGCGGCUAGGGCCGGGUCCACCAUUGCCUGUUACAGGCCAAAAUGGUUGGGUUUCCAGCGGUGGUGCAAGGAAAGGGGAGUGGACCCACUGACAUGUCCAGUGGGGGACACUCUUUCCUUUCUACAGCUUUUGGUUGAUAGAGGGCUGUCUCACGCGACUAUCAAAGUUUACGCUGCAGCCAUCUCAUCAUGCCACGAGGGGUUGGGCGGAGGUCCAGUCUUCGCCCACCCUCUGGUGAAACGAUUCCUGCAGGGGGUCAGAAGACAGCGGCCUGUGGCACGCACUUCUGUACCACAAUGGGAAUUGCCGUUGGUGCUCGAGGCCCUUACUAGGGACCCCUACGAGCCCUUAGAACACUCCUCUCUAAAGGCGUUGUCGUUCAAGACAGCAUUGCUUCUUGCUCUGACAUCAGCCAAAAGAGUGAGUGAAUUGUGCGCCUUGUCGGUCCACCCGAGUUGUUUACUCCUACGUGGGGACCGCAGCGGUGCCAUCCUUAAACCGAACCCUUCUUUUGUUCCCAAGAACAUAAGAAGUUCAUUUCGGUCGAGAACUAUUCAACUGGAGGCUUUUCACCCUCCCCCUCAUGGGGAUUCGAGGGAGGCGAAACUGCAUCUCCUGUGCCCUGUACGUGCGUUGACAUGCUAUGUCGACCGCACGGCCACCGUCAGAAACACAGAACAGUUGUUGGUGUGUUAUGGUGACGGGACGGCUGGCAGAGCCUUGUCCAAGAAACGCUUGGCGAAGUGGCUGUGUGAUGGUAUCUCCGCAGCCUACAGUCAAGCGAAUCGGGAGCCGACCGCUGCGGUUCGGGCGCACUCCACACGAAGUGUGGCGACGUCUGCGGCCCUGUUCAGCGGUGCGAGUGUUGAGGACAUGUGUACGGCAGCAUCGUGGUCUUCACCCUGCCCGUUCAUACGGUUCUAUCUCUUGGACGUGUCAGGCUCCUUCUCCAGAUCUGUGCUCACCAUAGGGUCACAGGACAUUUAUAUUAGCACAGGCGGAGCCCUCUACAAAGGGACCCUGCCGCUCUUUCGCCUUACGCUGAAGUUUGGUGGAAUGAGGGCAGCUGGCGAUGCACCUGCUUAUAUACCCGCCGAAGGAGGCGGGUCAGGUAGACACGCCCUAGCGGCCGGCUACGUACAUGCAAAAUUUCAGUGGGCCAUCGCGCUUCCUCUGAAGAGCAUUGAAGUGGAGCUGGAGGUGAGGGACCAUGUGGCUACAGUGGUCUCCACUCUGCUCUACCAGAACAAGGAGGACAAACCACUAGAGGCUGUUUUUGUCUUCCCUCUGCCUGGAGAUGCUGCUGUCUGUCAUUUCAGUGCUAACAUUGGACAGACACAGAUUGUAGCUGAGGUGAAGGAGAAACAGCAGGCUCGCGAGGAGUAUGAUGACGCAUUGAGCUCCGGUCAGCAGGCCUUCCUAUUGGAGGAGAGUGAUCAGAGCCCAGAUAUAUUCUCUCUGAGUGUGGGCAGUCUGCCUCCAGGAGAGAGCGCCUCCAUCAGGCUGGAGUACGUCACUGAGCUGGCUGUGCAGGCUGAUGACGGGCUGAGGUUUUGUCUGCCUGCUGUGCUCAACCCUCGCUACCAACCUCAGGGAAGUGAAGGUGGCAGCGUCCAGGUGACGUCUGUUCCAGCCUCUCUGGUGCCCUACAGUCUGUCUUUCUCUGCCCGGGUGUCCUCUCCUCGUCCAGUCUCUAAAGUAGAGUCCAGCUGUUCCCUGGACCCUCUCCAGUACCUCAACACAGAGCAAACCCAGGCUACGGUCAAGUUGGCUGCAGGACACAAGUUUGACAGGGAUGUUGAACUGUUGAUUUAUUACAAAGAUGCCCACCAACCCAAUGCUGUGGUGGAGGCAGGACAGACCUCUGCCAAGCCUGGCACUCUGAUGGGUGAUCCAGUGGUGAUGCUGAGCCUGUACCCUGAGUUCCCCCAGGCUGUGAUGUCUUCAGUGGCUUCAUGUGGAGAGUUUGUGUUCUUAAUCGAUCGAUCAGGAAGUAUGUGUUGUCGAAUGGAUAACAGAAACCCACAACAGACUCGCAUUGGCAGUGCCAGGGAUACCCUACUGCUCCUGCUGAAGAGUUUACCAAUGGGCUGCUACUUCAACAUCUACAGUUUUGGCUCCAGCUAUGAGCACAUCUUUCCUAAGAGUGUGGAGUACAGUGAGAAGACAAUGCAAGAGGCUCUGAAGAAAGUUGAGAAGAUGGGUGCUAAUCUGGGAGGAACAGAGAUCCUGCAGCCCCUAAAACACAUUUACAGUCAGCCCUGCAUUCCCAGUCAACCAAGACAACUGUUUGUCUUUACUGAUGGAGAGGUGGGGAACACCAAAGAAGUUAUAAAUCUGGUGAGGGAGAACUCAGGCUACCACAGGUGUUUCUCUUUUGGGAUCGGGGAAGGGGCCAGCUCUGCUCUUAUCAAUGGUUUGGCCAAAGAAGGAGGAGGUCACGCUCAGUUCAUCACAGGAACUGACAGGAUGCAACCAAAAGUGAUGCAGUCGCUGCGAUUUGGUCUACAGCCAACUGUGGUGGACAUCUCAGUCACAUGGGAUUUACCAAAGGGAGUGUCUGUCACUGUCCUCUCUCCACCAAUCACAACAAUUUUCCAGGGUCAAAGGUCACUGAUUUAUGCUCAGCUCACUGGACAGAGUCCAGAGGCAGCAGAGGGCUGUGUGACGGUGAAGUACAGCCUGGCAGGUCAUCCAUCCCACAACCAGCUCCACUUCAGUCUCAAACCUGCAGACGACACUGGACUAACAGUCCACAGGUUGGCUGCUCGGACUCUGAUUCGCUCCCUGGAGAUGGAGGAGAGAGAGCACAGAGGACAGCAAGAUGGAGGAGAGAAGAAGAAGGUGGUGGAGCUCAGUGUCCAAUCAGGAGUGAGCAGUUCCUUCACCGCCUUCAUUGCUGUCAAUAAAGAUGAUGGCGAGGCCAUUCAAGGGCCUCUGUUGCGCAGAAAUGUCCCAGCACCCACUCCCCGAGGUCUGGCUGAUGAUGCUGCACCCACAAGGAAAUCUUGCUCAGUCAGUCAGCCUCACAGAGAUCCUUUGCUGCAGUUGGUAUCCCUCCAGAAGGCGUCUGGCUGUUGGGAGAUCCACCCAGCUUUGGCUGCUUUGCUGGGAAAGACCAGCGAGGAGGUGGAAAUGUCAAAGCCUGAAUCGGUGAAAGAGGAAGUGUGGGCCACCAUUCUGGCUCUGAUCUGGCUUCAUGGUUUCAAGUUGGAUGUUCAGGAUGAGUGGCAGCUUCUGGCUAUAAAGGCUGCGUCAUGGAUCCGUGCUCAGAAAGAACCAUGUGUGACAGAGUGUGUGGAAGCUGGAAAUGCACUGUUGGGAUGUGAGGUGCAGAAAGAUUCCCUGGGGAUUUAAGGAUUUAUUUAUUCUGGCUUCUCCUUCAAGAUUGGAAGUAUUUACUUCAUCAACAUUGAAUGUUUACUAUGGCUGCUACUUUGUGGCUAUCUGUCUUUAUGAUAU